GAAAGUUUUAGUUUAAUAGUGAUCCUCCUGCAGUAACUAUUGUGCGUGGUCAUCGGACGUCUCGGGGCGUGUUGAAGAAGUGCUUCGGGGGCUGUGCAGCGCUAGAAAAAGGAAGCAAGUUCUAAUCUGUUUCCAAUCGGCAACUGGCAUACAGCUGGGCACGGACAGUAGGUUGAAAUAUCUCCUACAGGCAGCGCCCCCGGGGAAGUGUGUACGGAUACGGAAUCGGUCGUGAGUUUUUAGUUUUUUUCCCUUCUCGAGCUGCGAGGAGUAUUAGGCACGGUACGGUUGUCGCGAACGUCAUCACUCGUUGCGGUCGCGCUUACGGAAGGAUGGAACGGGCCUCGAAGUUGCCUGAACAGAUUUUCGUGUGGCUCGGGUAGUUGUUGUUGUUGGCCGUGUGGAAUCGUCUUUUGGAACGGAAAACGCAAACGGAAGAAGGGACACGCUUAACCAGGCGAGCUUGUGCGAGGUGCUUCAAAGUUCAUACACAAAUCUACAUUUUAGAGGACCUCGAAAUGGAAAACUAGCAAGACUCGAAAAUAUAUCUAUAGCCAAACAUACACUAACUCACUGCCUGGCGCCUAGCGAAGGAUAAUACUCCACACUCGUUGUACUCACAUAGCAAACAAUACAGUCAGUGUGACGAAAGCAGUCGACGACUUGAAAAAAAAUACGUACACAAAGGAUCUGAAGCGCCCAGAUAUCCCAACCGACGACGGUGAGGAACGAGGAAUGAACUAUUUUCGCCGUCCUGCCUGUAAACGAAAACAAGCUGUUUGCAUCAGCAGCAGUCGCACGCUAAGGGAGCUUUUAUGUAAUUGUUGAAAACACCAAUUUUCUCGUGCUGUGGUGCAGUGCGAGAAAUCCCCAGAAUUUCUGGACCACAUUUGCGAGAGUGCAGAUAUCGGAUCGGAAUCUGUGAAUGCCACGCGAUAGGAAAAAUCGGGAAUAUUUACAUAUAACUCUGUUACCCUGCCGUAGCCGCAUGCAAUUGAAAAGAAUCGAACUGGGACAUAACUAGUGGAAAGAAUGUGCAACAGAGAAUCGUGAAAAGAGGAAGUGGGAAUGAUGCUGACAGCAGCAAUAGAACCAAUUCAAAGGGGAUGAUUACAGUAAUUCGAAUGACGACAAUGAUGCUAGGACAGCGUGUGAAAACAAGGUCUGCAGCGAGUGAGACGAAUGUGUGGAAAUCUUUGUGUGGUUCGCAAAUAUAGAGCGAAAAAAAAUCGUUAAAGCAAAUAAUAAGAUUUCAGUGUUUAUCGAGAUUCGUUAUUCUUUGUGUUCCAGUCCGACCGAAUGCAAUGUGAUGAAUUAAGAUGAUUGCUUGGGUUUAGCUUUCAAGAAUAUAAUAGAGAAGAAAGUUCUAUUUCUCAAUAAAGAAAAAAAAUCAAGGGUAUCUCCUCUAUUCCAAGAAAAGAAAUAUAAGGAAAGUGUGUGAUGAGCUGUGAAAAAGGGUGGCAUGAAUAGCUGGCGAGUGAUAUACAAUACUCACCCUUUGAAUCGUGAUAGGCCUAGUAGUUUUCCUCAACGUUCGUUGAUUUGUUGUAAAAGCCUUCUCAAAGUAAGUGGUGCUAGUAGUUAUAUAAAUAGUAGUUGCCUGGAGAAGAAACUCCGCCGCAGACACCAUCGAGGACGUCGACGACUACGGCUGGUCAACGGUAGCGAAUCGCAUCUCCUGAACCAGUUCCCCGUGGCGUCCCCCAACAGUCAGCGCUCAUUCUGGCAGCGUUACAGAAAUCUCAGAGCCAGCAAAAACCACAUCCGGAGCAGGAUAAAUCGUGUAACGGAAGUGCCUACAAACCAGCAAGCGCCAGCAACGGUUCUGCAGCCCUCGUCGAAGUCAGCGAAGGCGGCAGCCACAGCAGUGAAAACAAGAACACUUUAUUACUACACUGCUGCUGUGUGAUCGUUCAAAUUACCCCAGUAGCCCCCGGGCGCAGCCACGUGACGACGACGGCUUCGUCCGCCAAAAAGCCCAGCUCAGGCGGUGACGAUGGCGGAAGUGGAGCGCUAGCCACUGGUGCCAGUGGUCGCACUCCUGUUUGUCGCUGUAACACUCAAUACAAACUAUCGGAUCUUAAGGCUCUGCAGCAACUACAGCAAAAGCAGCAGCAGCAGCAGCAACAACAACAACAGGGUGCAAGCGCUAACAUCAAUGUCUCCUCCACUACCACCGCUAUCAGUGGUACCGCCCCCGGCAGCAGCACUGCUUUCGGAGGGCACCACCACCAUCACCACCCGGCCACCACAGCGACAAUGCAGCAUCACUCUCAUAUCGGCAGUGCCCCGCAGAAACAGAGCCAAGAGUUAACGAACGAGGAACUGAUCAAGUACCUCCAACAAAUCAACGCCGACAUCAAAUGGAUAGAGCAGCUAAAACAAUACAAAUACGAAAUUGAGAAACUCUCUCAUACUGAUAAGACUGAUGCCCGCAACAUCAAACAGCAGCAACAACAACAGCAGCAGCAGCACCAACUCCUAAAUGGUCAUCUGGUCGGUCCGCCCUCGAAACCUAAACCGGAUCUUUCGGCUCCUCCCUCCGGUCCGCGCCCUCAGACUGGUGCUACAUCAAAGGGCGAAUGUUUCGACCGAAGCCUCAAGCAGCGUCACUCGUCACGAUCAGUCGAUGAGCGCACCGCUCGUCGCGAUGAUGAAGACUUCGCGAAAGAAAGCAGCCACCAACGGCACUCUUCUGGUCCAAGCGAUCUUCAACUGCUAAAAACGGAUAUCUCCGAAUGGCUUCUCAAUUUACCUCUCAAACGGAGUGUCGAGUUUUUGCAGAAAGCCAAAUCCGCUCAACAGAAAUUCGAGAAAGAGCAGCAAGAACAGGCAUCUCAUCAACUCUCCAAGAAACCGCUUCAACGGCAAACCUCCGGUGGAACAUCUGGAGAACGUACCAUCCAUCGUCAACAUUCCGGAGGAACCGGUGAAAUCGCCCUCAGUAGAAACGACAUUCUAGAAUGGCUAAAGAAGCAACAAAUUUUCAGCAAAGUUAACGAGGAGGCUGGUGCUCCGAAGAAAUUCAAAGAAAAAGAAGAAAUUCCUCUGCAGCACUUUGAUCCUCCUAAAGCUACCCAGCAGAAAUCGAGUGGAUCUAAAUUACAGAAACGACAUUCACUUGGUCCAAACGAAGAAUUCUUUCACAGAAGUACCACCGAAUGGAUUCAGUAUCCCCUGAAGCAGCUCAAAAAGCAUACGUUCGAUGCAGUUCCACAGAGCAGCUGUACCGACAUUCGCCGUAAAGAUCGAGAUCGCAGCGAACACUCGCAUCACCGAGAACGAAAACUUCGUCAUUCUGCCAGCGAAGUUGUAUCUUCUUCGCAUCUGGACCAUCCUCCAACUCGUGUUGCGCCUCAAAAACCAGAACGAACUUUCCGCUACCAAUCGAAAGACCGCAGUGAUCCGCAUUCCCAAUUUAUCCCGUCCCAACAAUACUCUACCCAGCAGGCACCAACCUCAUCCACCGCCCCCGUCACCACCAGUGCUCCCAAACACUCGCGUCGCGAACGUUCCCGGCGCAACAAAACCCAACGCUCGGCCACCGUCAGCGACAUCAACCACAUCAACAAGCAACCCUCCCAACACCACCACCCGUACCCUGCCUCGCGAUCCACCGAACGCAGCCAAUCCCCUCCGAAAUGCACCGAUCCCUUCUGUUCGGCCCAAUCCCUCUGCAACGAUCCCAACUGCUACAUGUACGACUACUACGACACCCCGAGGUGCGCCUCUCUCCCACGGGUCAAAACCACCACCCCUCCAACCACCACCAAGUGCGGCCCUCUCUGCUACGAAUGCAACAACAAGUGCAACUCUCUGCCCCGCUGCACCGACGCUCGCUGCACGGCCUUCGCUGAACAAGCCCAUCAAGUAGACUCAACGCAAAAGAUCAAAAGUAAUUCACUGCCACGAAACGCCGAAAUGGCCCAGAAGCGGUUGUCCCGUGAGGAAUCGCGCAGCUCGCUGCCCCGGUCGCGAACCAAAAAGCGAUCAACCUCGUGCGGGAACGGUAAGCUAACCAAGUCCGUGUCGGCCGCAUCGCUCAACUCGCGCAGGAGGCGCAACCGGUCGGUGCACUUCAGCGAAACCAUGCUGCGGGAGGUGUGCCAAAACCGCAAGCUGAUACAACCGACGGAACCGACCCCGUCGGGUGCGGCACCGAUGCAGCCCAACAUCCAGAUGCUGUACAACUUCGUCGAGGGGGUGCUCAGUGCCUGGGUGGACGACGAGGACGAGCACAACAAGUCCGGACCGGACUCGGAACCGGAACGGGGUGCGGUCAUGAAACCGAUGCACCGCUGCAACCGGAUACGCUUCCAGACGAUCAAGCGAGUGGUGAACGAAGCGGCGGAGCUGAAGGGAUCGUCCAAGCUGGGGAACUCGCGGUACCGGCAUCGGCACUGGCGCGGGACGGCCAAGGACUGCAACGAGCGGUUCCUGCGGAAGAUUUCCGACGAUGAUCGUAUGAGCUUGACGACGGCCGUGUCAGAUGAGGACGACGGGGAAAGCGUGAUGGCUUCACCGUACAAAGCGAAAGCCACUGGCACCGCCGCAGCAUCGUUCAAUUGUACCGGAGCGGUUCGGAAAGCGGGAUUCCUUUCGGUAAAGAAAUGGCUCCUGCGGAAGAAGCACCAGAUCGAGCUGGCCCGCAAGCGCGGCUGGAAGGGCUACUGGGUCUGUCUGAAAGGUACCACCCUGUUGUUCUAUCCGUGCGAUUCGCGCGAGGGCCGUUCGGUCGAGGCUGCCCCGAAGCACCUGAUCAUCGUGGACGGGGCCAUCAUGCAGCCCAUACCGGAGCACCCGAAGCGGGACUACAUCUUCUGUCUGAGCACGGCGUUCGGCGACGCGUACCUGUUCCAGGCGCCCUGCCAGGUCGAGCUGGAGAACUGGGUCAACAGUAUACAUAGUGCCUGUGCUGCAGCGUUUGCAAGACAUCGUGGUAAGACUGGUACGUUACACCUAUUACAAGAGGAGAUUUUCCGUUUAGAAAAAGCAAUAGAAUCGGAUCACAAGCUGAAGCACAUGGCCGAUUUGCAGCAGAGUGUAGUCACCGACACGGACACGCGUCACCAAAUACAGCAGCAGAUUCUUCAGUGGGAAGAGAACCUUGAGCGAUUGCACUGCGAGCAAUUCCGUCUGCGCUGCUAUAUGGCGUCACUGCAGAACGGAGAACUUCCAAAUCCAAAGUCUCUCCUAACGCACGUAUCGCGUCCCACGAAGAAUACGCUGAACAAGCUGGGCGUCUUCACGGUGUCUUCGUUCCAUGCGUUCAUCUGCGCUCGGUCACCGUCACUGUUGAACAAUCUGCUCGCGGGACGUGGAGCCACCAAGCGCCGUCCGCCGAUCUUGUCGCGCUCUAAUAGUGGCUCCAGCCGUCGGUCGAUGCAGAUGAACACCCGUGACGAGCCGGAGAAAUCCUACAAGGUAGCCCUGCCGGAGAACACGUUCGCUACGGUGUAUCUACGCGAGGGCAUGUCGGUGGAGGAAUUCCUGGCCAGUGCCUGCCAGCGCAAAAAUCUCAACCCCAUGGAGCACUUUGUGCGGGUCAAGAAACGCCGCGAGAUGGAAGAUCACAACUAUUUUGUUCCUCAUCGAAAUGAUCUGAUCGAAACAUAUCUACAUACUCACGAAAUGGUUGAAGUUUGCGCAAAAAUUUUGUAUCAAGUAGAGUUACAACGAACUACACUGGAGCAGAUGUGGGGCUUCUCGGUCGAAGCCGAACUCAUCGAGAAUGCUGAUCGUCAGGAUGAACUCUGCUGCUACGUCAGCCGUGUUGAGGACAAGAGCCUAGCUAUGCAAAACGGAGUUAUCAAAGGCGAUGAAAUAAUUGUGAUAAAUGGCGCGAUCGUUUCGGAUUUGGACAUGAUGUACUUAGAAAGCGUGCUCCAGGAAGAACAAGCCUUAUGCAUGAUGAUGAGAUCAUCACGUACAGAACCACCGGAUCUUGUGGGAAUUAUGCGCUCAACUGACGACAUCAUCGAGUCUCUGGUGUGUCCUCCACCGCCAUCUGAUCCUCCGGUCAUCAGCGAAGAAAUGAUCUCCGGGCUCAUCGUUCCUGCUCCUGGUUGGCGACGCUCGUGUAUUUCAGGUAAAGAGGUGUAUUCUCCGGAGGUCGAGAGCUCCCCGGCUCCGUCAGCCAACGAUCCGCACAUGGACCGCUCGAAGCAGUCUUCCCGUACCAAUAGCUUCGAGAUCGAAAAUCUGCUCAAAUCGGCCGAACAAGUUACCGGCUUUUGCCGAUCCCCGCAGGAAACUCGCAAAUCGAGCCCCACCGGCUCGGUUGCCUCGUCUGUAUCAAACGCCAUGCUCACCCCGUCACGUCAACUAACCGAUGCGGAGAAAUUGCGCAAGGUGAUUCUCGAGUUGGUCGAGACGGAGAAGACCUACGUUAAGCAUUUAAACAACCUACUCGAGUAUUACUUGGAACCCCUGAAGCGUGAGACCUUUCUAUCUAACGCCGAAAUUACCGCUCUGUUUGGAAAUAUUCAGGAAAUUGUAACAUUCCAACGGCAGUUCUUGAGCAAUUUAGAGGAAGCGCUUGAUCUAGAGCCAGACUUUCAUCAACUGGAGCAUCCUAGUCAAUUUAAAAAUGUACUUUUUGCCAUUGGUUCAGCUUUCCUGUACUACGUAAACCACUUCAAGCUGUAUUCUUCCUUCUGCGCUAGUCACAGUAAAGCGCAAAAGGUUCUACAUCCCAAUGAAGGUAAUCAAGCGCUACAGGAGUUCUUAGUCGCCCGCAACCCCAAGCAACAGCACAGCAGCACUCUGGAAUCGUUCCUGAUCAAGCCCAUCCAGCGUAUACUCAAGUACCCGUUGCUGCUGCAGCAGCUUCGUAACUUGACCGAUCCUAACGCAGCCGAGCACCUGCACCUGGUCGAAGCGCUCAAAGGCAUGGAGAAGGUCGCCGAGCACAUCAACGAAAUGCAACGAAUCCACGAAGAGUACGGUGCCAUCUUCGAUCACCUUUUCCGCCAGCACCAGAAGUCCUGCAAGCAACCGAUCGACCUCAGUCCGGGUAAGAUGGCUCACCCAACUGCCACCGAUCUCCUCAGGGCAGACGGAUCUAUCAACUUUUAUUCCCAUGUAGGUGACCUGCUAUACUACGGUGGCGUCGAGUGGUUGAAUAUCUCGGACUUCCUGGGCAAAAUCAAGAAGGGUCUCGAGCUGCACGCCAUGUGCUUCGUAUUCAAAUCGGCCGUCGUGUUCCUGUGCAAGGAGCGACUGCGUCAGAAGAAGAAGCUCAUGGGCGUUUCGAGCAAAAAUGCCACUAACGAAGUGGAGAUCAUCCGCUACCAGGUUCUGAUACCGGUGACCGAGGUGCAGGUCCGUGCUUCCUCCGCCAAGGACAUGGAUUCGCACUUCCUCUGGGAGUUGAUCCACCUCAGAUCGCAACUACAACGAAGAUCGGAAAAAGUCUACGUGCUUUCCAAUAGCACUGGCGAUUUCCGUAAUGCAUUCCUCAAAACGAUUCGGCAGAUCAUCCGUGAAAGUGUGCGCAACAUGUCGAUUCCUUCGCUCAAGAGCAUGGGUGGCAGCAUGAGCUCAAUGACUGGCAUCGGUAGUUCGUCCGGUAACUCCCAAACCCUGGAACGACCUAAGCAACAGCCGCAAAUAAUGCAAGGUUCGCAGACGUUGGGUAAGCCGAAAAAAUCUAAGAUCAAUCAGCGCCACUCGUCUGGAAACAUCGACUACGACAACACCACAUCCGGCAGUCAGGAGGCCGAUGAUCCACCGGUCCCUCAGUAUAGCGGACAGUUCCGAAUGCGCAGUAAGACCGUCGGAGACGUUGGAGAACAAGUAGCCGCAUGCAGACGUAACAUGAGCGAGCGUGAGCCGGAAAAGGCAGAUCCUGGAACCAAAUCCGAAGGCGAGGACGAUUCACAGCAAGGUUCAGUCAAACCUAAAUCUUCACUGGGCAAGACACCGAAUCAUCUAACGUUGAGCACCACAUCAACUCUGUCCGUUAGCAGCACCGGAAGUCAGGCCCGUUUGAUCCAGUCAUCGCACCCACCGGCCACCUAUCAUCCGGUACUGAUGAAGGACUUAGGAUCCCCGGUGUGGAAGCCUAGAGACAUGAUUAGUUUAUGUGAUGCCCAGUCGACUUCGACCGCACGUAAAGAUGAUUCAAACAAGUAAACAAUGCGCCCAUGUUAGGCGCGCAAGCAAACGGCAAAUGUAUGUAAACAAUAGAGAUCAAGGCAAAGCACUCAAGAGUUGCGCAGUAGACAGAGAAAGGGUUUUGGUUUAUUUGGCGGUUGCUAUGUGACCAUGGGGGCUGUUAAAUUGGUGCCGGGCAAAGAGUAGAGUGCAAGCUGAAAGAGCAAUUUGUAACAACAGUCUGAGAGAAAAAAAAGGGCGGGACUUUUUGUCUGACUGCUGCGGAAUGUGUAUGGGAGGGCGGUUCUGCCACUUGCUGUUGAAGAGGAAAAAUCUUCCCAUGUGGGGACAGGAGAACUGUCGCACAUUUUAUUCACUCUUGACCCCAGCGUUGUUUCCCCAAUGUUUUGAAAUGUAAGCAUGGUGUAUUUACUCCAAGUGGAUAUGAAAGACGAUUGUUUAUUGUUAUAUGAAAUUUUUCGCGUCAUGUGACUGAGAGAGAGAAGGGAGCCAAAAACGUGAGAAAUUUCAGAAUCUAGUAGCAUAAGAAAAAACAAAUUAAGCAAAUUCUAUGGAUGAUAUUAGUGAAACAAAAAUGAAUUUUUAUGAGAGCAGAGCAAAACUUAGUGAUAGUUUCUAAUUGCAAGAUGUAGUUAAGAAUAAACAAGUUUAUGAUUAUUAUUACUAUUAUAAUUAUUACUGUGAAGCGGGAGCGAUGGAAGAUAAUAAUAACCACAGAGGCACACCCACACAAAGACAGAAAACGUAGCAAGAUUAUCCGUAAACAUGAAUAUCAGUUGAGAUAUGUAAUGUCAAGCGACAGAUUUGAAGCGAGACGAAACUGUUUAUUUUACUUUGUAUUUCUGAUACUUUUUAAAUAUUCAGAAAAGUAAAAACGAUGUAAUUGCAGCUAUAUUAGCAGUAAACUGAACUUUUACCGCUAAUGUUAAGAAAAAAACGAAAGAUGUCACCAUUUGAUUGUGAAUUACUAAUUCUUUAAUUUGAACACACUUAAAAAUCGUUUAAAAAUGCAGUUGAAAGUAAAAACAACUUAAACCUAAAUGAAAGGGAAUUGAAUUUUAUACAUUGUGAAUCCAAUUGGAUGUGUUAGAACCCAGAUUAAAAACAAGUUUGACUAACUCUUAUAGUGGUCUAGAUUUUUGGUUGAACGAAGAUAAAAUUGACUUUUGUGUUGCAAACCCUUGAUCAAAUGGGGUAAGCAGAAAAUUCGAUAAUCACUAUCAAUUAAUCUAGUUAAUUAAAGGUUUUCCUAAUUGGUUUACAAAUUUUCUAUAAAUCUAGUGAUUUUAGAAACAAUAAGAGUAAAAAAAACACGUAUACCUUUAAUGAAAAAAAAACUAGAGUUUCCCGGAAGAAAUUUCAAAAUUUUAUUUGAAAUUUUUAAUCACUAACCAUGCAUCUAUACUACAGAAAAUGUACUUCUUUCCAAUCACAGCAGGCCACGGGUGACACUGACAAUGGCUCAAGAGAAGAGAAAAAAUAAGUAAACGUAAACACAAGAUAAAACACUUAAAAUUAAAAUCUAGGAAGUCUUGCAAUCCGCAAAAAGAAUCAUCAAACUAUAGUUAAAAUACGUAUAUUUCCUUUUACAUAAAAAGUAACUAAAACAAGUAACAAAAACAGACAACUGCACGCGUUCUUUCCCUCACAGAAGUAUUUAUAAAAAUAUACAUACAAAACCACUUGAAAUAUUAUUAUGAAAUUUAAUAAGAAAACUGAAAUGAAAAAUCGACAAAAACAAUGAUAAAAUUUCACGACAAUUAUGUUUUAAACACACAUUAGGCACAUCCCUUAGCCCGUUCAGCAGAAUACGAGAAAGAACAAAAACGAUGAAGACAAUGCAGUUGAUAUUUUACAAAUAUGAUUUUUAUCAUUCUAAACAGAAAUCCACCACGUGCUGUUUAUCCAGUUAAAACAUUACGAUGAGAUAGAAAUUUAAUUUAAUUUAAAUAUUUUACUUCAAUUCCUCUCAGACGAUAUUUUAUCCCACGAGAACCAAAUCUCAUGAGCCCUAAGCAAACACAUUUACGCAAAUCAUCAACACCCUGAAAAAAGAACCAUGUUGACUUUCCAAUACCUUCGCGUUCAAAAGUGAAGCGAGCACGCAAUCCAAAAUUGCAAUAGGAGAAGUGAUCGACCGUACCCAAUCAAUAAUCUAUGGUUAUCAAACACAGAAAAAUAUAAAACAAAGAUAAACUUAAUUACGUCAGUGGUUCGUUAUAUGAAAAAGACACAUUCAGAAAAUAAAAAGUUCACAAGAAAACAAAUACGCAGACACAAAAUGCUAACAAAAUAAGAACUUCAUUUAGCCACAUUAUUUUGCGUUUGCUAACGAAUAAAAAUAGGACGUACAUAUUAAACACUAACACAAGUACACUCGAGAAAAAAAAAUUAAUGACAACCCAAAAAAAUUAGACUCGUAUAGCCAAACACUACUCAAAAGUAAACAACAAGCUAUCAAUCGAUGAGACAACCCCUUCCCUUAACUUUGCGUUGCUACACAUCGGCAAACACUUUCACACACAUACACUUAUCACAAGGAUAAUACUCUUUAAUACAUUCAAAAAUUCAAAACACAAAAAAACGAACACUUAUAGGAGCAACCCUAUACAAAACGAAAGAUUAGAAAACAAAUGAGAGAAACACUAAAUUGUGCCAAUUAAGAAAUGUAAGCAGCAAACAGAAGAGCGACUUUCAAAGAACAGAAACAAAUAACCUGCAUGGAUAGAUGUUAACGAGUGACGAUUGUGAAUGAUGAUGAUAACAUGAUAACGAUGAUUCAUUAAUGGAAACGAUUAUGAAGGGAAGGAAAAACGCAACACCGGCAUAACGAAUGCAAAAAAAAAAACGGAAAGAACAUCUAGAGCAGAAGAAUGAAAAAAUGAUAACGAUAACGACGAUGAUGAUAAUGAUAAUGCGGAAGAGCAAAACUGAUUCUUGUUUAUUUGUUUUGUAACUUUUUGAGAUGUCUAAGUAUUCAAUAAAUAAAAUAAUUAUACACAAACACUA